AUGGGCUGGCUGCUGGACGCUGGUCGAGUUCAAGGAGCUCGACAGCUCUGCGCCUCUGCCUCUGCCUCUACCCUUUGUUCAUCCAAACCAACAAUCCAACAUAAACAAGGAGGCCAGGAGGGGCAGGGAAGAAGAAAGACGAAGGAAAGAGGAAGAGAAGGGAACUUACAGAGCGGCGGGCCGGCGGCGACUGGGGAAGACGAAGGCAAGCUUCUUCGCCGGCGACAUGGGAAGAGGAAGGCGUCGUCUGGCAAGGGUGAAAGGGUAAAAGGCAGAGUUGGAGAGGGAGGAGAAUCGGAGAGGGAAGUGGGACUUUGGUAUGUGGGAGUGGGAAGGGUGGAAGGAGGUGUCGUCGGGAGGUCAGAAGGCGAGGCGACAGUCGGCAGAUGGCGAUGGGUGAAGGCAUGA